AUGUCCAACUACAACGGCCGACACGGUCCCAACGUGUCCAACUACCUCCGGGACCUCAACACCAUCUCUCCCCAAGAAGGCUCUGUCGACGAAAACUUCAACAUGGAGGGCGACCUUGCUCUCUUCACAAACACCGAGUUCUUCGAUUUUGAGACGGGCCAAAACACCGAUUUCCAGGCGCAACCCGUCAAGGAAACAACCCGUGCUACACCCGCCUCGUCUGAUGAUGUGAGCGCUGCUCCCUCUGUCCUGGGUGACAUGCCCAACUUGGACUUCAUCUCCAAUGACUUUGCUUUCAACGAGUUCAACAACACAUAUGCGCCCCAGAUGAACACCUUUGCCGAAGCCAACCACAAUUUCCAGCCUCUGCAGCCCAACCAUGGCGCGCAAAUGCCUCAGCACGGUCCCCAGUACCACGCCGCUGCCGCUGCCGCCGCCGCGCGUUCCGGCGAGGCCAAGCACAAGGGCGAGCCCAUUGCGCCCCAGACGCAGGCCCUGAACUUUGAGGAGGCCUCGCGCGUCGCCGCCGAGGAGGACAAGCGCCGCCGCAACACUGCCGCCAGCGCCCGCUUCCGCAUCAAGAAGAAGCAGCGCGAGCAGGCCCUCGAGAAGUCGGCCAAGGACAUGCAGAACAAGGUGUCGGACCUCGAGAACAAGGUUUCGCAGCUCGAGACGGAGAACAAGUGGCUCAAGAAUCUGCUCGUCGAGAAGAACGAGGGCAACGAGGACAUUUCGGCCCUGUGGAAGGAGUUCACCAAGCAGGCCGGCAGCAAGCUCUCCAAGGCCAGCGAGUCAAGUAGCGCCGCCGCCGUCAACGCCGAGCGGUAG